AUGUCAAACAUGCAAUUCCUCGACAAUCGUCUAUCUUCCUUCUCAGCUAUCGUCAAACCCAAAUCCCGUGUCAAACCAGCUUUUCCCCAUUCCCCAGACACUCACCCAAACCUCACCCCUCUAUUGUUAGCAGAAGCGGGGUUCUAUCAUACUCCAGGUUCAUCACCAGCUUCUCUCGAUACCGUCCGAUGUUUCUUGUGCGCUUGUGAAUUGGGUGGAUGGGAAAAAGCAGAUGAUGCUUUUGAAGAACAUGUAAAAAGACAAGGAUGCGCCUGGGCGGAUAUAGUUUGUCAGGGAAAGCUGGAUACUGCUAGAGGGAGAGAAAGGGAUGAUUAUUCCACCCCACAAGAUCUCCCUUCAAGUGCAGAAAGUGCAAAAGUCAGACAAAAAACAUAUGAAAAAGGAUGGCCUCAUAAACAAAGAGCAGGAUGGAUACCAACACCGAAGAAUCUAUCGAAAGCAGGAUUUGUGUUCUACCCCAGUUCAGAUGCCCAGGAUUGUUGUCUCUGUCCUCUGUGUGACUUAGCUAUAGACGGAUGGGAAGCUUCAGAUGAUCCGAUGGAAGUGCAUCAACGUAAAAGCUCAGAAUGUAGAUUCUUCACCGCUGUUCUUCAUGAACAGCCUGAUCUUCCCAUAACAAACGACCAACCACAGUCCCAAUCCCAGUCCCAAUCUCAAAUCAAACCUUCCUCUCAACCCCAAACAAGAUCUGUAUCUCAACCUCGAUCCCAACCACUAUCCCAGACUUCCCGUAGGACUCGCGCCCCAACAAUUUCUGAACCUCCCGAAAGUCAAUCAGUCAUAGAUGAAGACACUCAAUCUGAUGCACCGAAAAAGGGACGUAAACCUCGAGCGACAAGUACAAAACCUCGACCUGCACGAGGACGUAAAAAAGUUGAAGAGCAGAUUGAAGAAGUUGUCGAAGAAGAAGCUAUUGCUGCAGUAACCCAACUGAGUCAGAAUGUCGAACCAACUAAUCCAAAAUCCAAAAAGGGUAAACAGCCCAAAGUACGUAAUACGGGAAUAUCAAAUGAUACGGAAAGUGUUGAAGAUGGACAAGAGAACCAAAUUAAGAGUAAAUCUAACAGGAAGAAGAAACCUGUUGUAGAGGUUGAGAUUAGACGAAAUUCUAAAGAAAAACCUCAAUCUUCAAAUCCGAUCCACGAAAUGGAAGAACAGGACGAAGAAAACACAGAGGAAACGGAAAGAAAGAAGGUAGAAAAUAUACCUAUCAAAUCUAAUAAAUCAACUUCCAAUCGAACUACCUCUCAAUCAAAACCUUUAUCCCAAUUAGAUAGGUUUAUCAAUAUCCCACCUGCUUCUCCGAUGGAUAGACCGGUCAAAACUCUCAAACGUUUAUCUACUUCGAGAUCAACAUCAUCACCCGAUAAGAGCUUAUCUAGGGGUAUUCCUCGUGAAGCUUUGGAUAAGUCAUCACUUCAAGGUGCUAUAGAAGCUAGGGAAGUAGUGGAGAAAAUAGCUUCUUCACCUAUACCCAUCGGACGGAUACAAGAUGGUUCAAGUGGACAACAAGAGAUUGAAUCAGAGAAGAAUGAUCAGGAAUCUGGGAGGGAAGUGAUUACAGAAAUCAAGUUGGACGCUGUUUUGACAGAAGAAGAAAAAUCAAUGACGGUUGAACAACUCGUUCGAGCGGAGAUGAAUAGAAGGUAUAAGGUUAUGGAACGUGAAGGAUCAGAUAUGAUAUCAGCAUGGGAAACCAGGACGAGUAUAGCUCGAAAGAGGAUAGAAAGUUUAUGA